UCAGGUCGCUGUGAGAACGAGCCGGUGCAAAACAUGAGAAGAUCUUUGUAUUCAAAGGAGCUCCACAGAUUUCCCUGGUCAGCUUCUGAAUCCAAGACAUCACACCAAGCGUCUAGACAGGACUACCCUUCUUUCUGCCUCAAAACGGUCGGUUAAUUCACUUUUCAUGAUUCAAAGGAUAUAUUGAGAGUCCAAGAAUCUCUCGCAGCGAAUAAAGACCAGGAAAAGAGAGAACUGGAAAACAAUUGGAAGUGCUGGGGUGAGUUUUUUAAGUACCUCCCCCCCUUUUUUUUGGCUUGGUCCAACAGCUUUCCUGUCAAACAGCCUUUCUCUUGCUUUUGAACAGCCAGAUGCCUCAUCUCUUCCUUGCAGCUUGUGGCAUAGUUCUUAUGGUUUGACAGCUUGCAGGUUUGCCUCUGUGAUCCUUCCCUAGCCCUGCUCAGUUUUCUCAGUUAAGAUUUGUAAACGUACAGCCGACUGGAUUCUCAGUUGCUCCUGCAAAGCUGCUUCAAUACAAAUUCUGUGCGUGUGAGAGAGGUUGUCAGAAAUAAGGUUGCAAUAAAAUCAAAAUGGCAGAGGACAUUAGUUUCCAAGAUGUGGACAGUGAUACGUCAGAAAACAGUGAAGAAAUAGAGAUUAUAGUCAACGUUGGAGGGGUACGGCAGAUGCUGUACAGCGAUCAUCUAAGCCAGUACCCGAAUACAAGACUGGCAAAGCUUAUGAACUGCUUGCCAGGGGGAUACGACACUAUUUUCUCUCUUUGUGAUGACUAUGAUCCUAGGAAAAGAGAGUUUUACUUUGACAGAGAUCCUGACGCUUUCAAAUGCAUUGUUGAGGUGUAUUACUUCGGGGAGGUUCACAUGAAGAAAGGAAUCUGUCCGAUUUGUUUCAAGAAUGAAAUGGAAUUUUGGAAUGUGGAUCUUACAUUUUUGGAUGACUGCUGCACAGCUCAACUUAGCGAAAAAAAGGAAGAACUUGAAGAGAUAGCCCGCAGGGUCCAGUUGAUUCUGGAUGACUUGGGAGCGGACAGCUCUGAAAGCAGCUGGAAAAAAUGUCAAAAAUAUAUUUGGAAAUUAAUGGAAAAGCCGGAAUCUUCUUACCCAGCCCGAGUCAUAGCCAUCCUGUCUUUUCUGUUCAUCCUAGUCUCCUCAGUAGUGAUGUGCGUGGGGACCAUCCCAGAACUGCAGGUGUUGGACUCUGAAGGAAAAGCCGUGGAACAUCCAGUCCUGGAUAAGAUUGAAACAGCCUGUAUAGGAUGGUUUACUCUUGAGUAUAUCCUCAGACUCAGUUCCUCGCCUAAUAAAUUGCACUUUGUUCUUUCUUUCAUGAACAUCAUCGACAUUUUUGCAAUACUUCCUUUCUAUGUUAGCCUGAUAUUGACUCACUUGGGUGCCAGAUUGAUGGAGUUAACCAAUGUUCAGCAAGCCAUCCAGGCACUCCGAAUUAUGAGGAUUGCACGGAUUUUCAAACUAGCUCGCCAUUCCUCGGGUCUACAAACUUUAACCUAUGCUCUUAAGAGGAGCUUUAAGGAACUCGGGCUUCUACUAAUGUAUUUAGCUGUUGGGAUUUUUGUGUUUUCUGCCCUUGGUUAUACAAUGGAGCAAAAUCACCCAGAGACUUUGUUUAAGAGCAUCCCUCAGUCCUUCUGGUGGGCAAUAAUAACUAUGACUACUGUGGGGUACGGGGACAUCUAUCCAAAGACAACUCUGGGAAAACUCAAUGCUGCUAUCAGUUUCCUCUGUGGGGUAAUAGCCAUAGCACUGCCAAUCCACCCCAUCAUCAACAACUUCGUUAGAUAUUAUAACAAGCAGAGAGUUUUAGAGACAGCGGCCAAACAUGAACUGGAACUGAUGGAACUAAAUGCUGGUGAAAGGAAAGGUGGAAGCCCGAAAGGUGAACCAUCAUAUCUUUCCAGAAAAAGAAAAGGAGAUCCUCGUGGGAGCGGCCGACUCAAAAUCUCUUACAGCGACACAUUUAUUCACCUCCUGUCAGAUGAUAAACACCAUCGAAACAGACUUCAGAGUUGUAAGUAGCCUCCAGGAGUCUGCCUCUAUUCAACAAAAGCCUGGAAUAAGAAUGGAACUCUUAUACUGAAAAGAUUAAAGGGACUCUUUUGAGAUCAACUUCUCUUACCCAUCACUCCCCUGUCCCUUCACACUGGCAUCUUCAUCUCAGUUUGGUAAGAUACAGCUUAUAAAACCUGAUAGAAAACAUGCACACAUAACAAUGUAUUGUCAAAUAAUAAUAUAUGUGUCUGGCUGCCAAACUCUUUGUAACCAUUUCAGAGGCUAAAGACAGCAUAUCAGUUAAUAACUGCAUCAUGAGUUGGACAUGAAGCCUUAUGAAUUCACAAAAAUGUAUGUAUAUUAAAAGAAAAAAAAUCAUAUAACCGAAAGAGUUCAUGAUGUCGACAUGGUCAAAUGUCUGUUUAAGUUGGAAAGCAUUGCUUAAAUUAAACCAAACUUGUAACUUCUAAAACCUCUGUGUAUCUGGCAUGUUGGUUUAUAAAAGAUAUCCUCAGAAAGGUCUGGUGCUCCUGAGAUGAAAGAAAGGUAAAGGAAUCACUACUUUUAGACAUCUGGUAUGAAAAGUAAAGAAAUAUCUAUCUUCUAAUCUGCUUCUAUCUUGAAUAGAGAAAAAUAUAUUGUUCCAGACAUAUGUAUUGAAAAAGCACUGAGUUACUGUGUGACUGAUACUAAUAGUAAGGCAGAUAAAGUGGUCUUCAGAUGUUGGGUAAGAUUUUGUCUUGAGUGACUUUCCUAAUAUGCUGUAUGGAAGCAAGCAAUUGCAUUUCAAAAUUGUUUUUAAACUUCAGUUUUCCAAUUAGUUCUUUUUGGAGACAUCUAGGUAUUUUGGAAAACUUAUCUUGAACGGCAACCCCCCUUUAAUCAAAAUCUCCUGCAUAUGGCAGGUGUUAUUUAUUUAUAAGAACUGUAUGUGCAGCUUGGAAAACACACCAUUUGUUUCCUUAAUAAGAAAGCAUUUUGUGUGUUUAAAUCCCUACUGCAGUUCUGUGUAGAACUGGGUAAUUUAUGAAGUGAUGUAUUUGGACUCAGCUCCUCAGUCCUUGUAGCCAAGCAAAACAUCUUGUAAAAUCAACAGAAGCUGAAGUGCCAGAGGUAUCCUGCUUUAUGUCAUUGAAACAGUCAUUAUAACCAGCAUUGUGUGGCUCUGAUACUCUGAGGCAAUACUUGCAUCUAAGAGCAAAGACAGCUGCACUAUCCUUUGCAACUGGAAUACUAGAUUUUUUUUCUACAUAUGCCAGUCCAAAAGGGUAUGUGUGUUAUAAAUUGCAUACAAAUCACAGUUAUGUACUGGUACAUUAUUUUUUUUAAAAACUCACAUACAAUCUUUUUUA